UGAAGUGGUUGUGUGACAAUUGUGACAAUUGACAACCGACCUGAUCGAUAAAAAUAAUAUGGUGACGUUAUUUCGCUCAUAAAUCCAAUCAGUCAUUAAUGCCUCGCAUAAACUACAGCCCGUACAUAGAGAAAAUGGAGGAAACCAUCAGCGACUUAGUAGGCGAAGUAACGGUGGUGGACGUGUACGACAUAGCUUCCGACAUCGGCAAGGAAUGCGAGAAAAUCAUAGACCAGUACGGGGCCGAUGCGGUGACGUCCCUGAUGCCCAAAGUCAUCAACGCCCUGGAGUUGCUCGAGAAUUUGGCCACCAAGAAUGAGAGGGAGAACACCCAGCUGCAUGAGAUGCAAGCCAAGAUAUCGCAGCUCGAGAACGACAAGCUGGAGAAGGCAGAGUACAGGCAGAAGUUCGAAAAGGAGUUGGAGACCAUCGAAGAACAGUGGCGAAGUGAAACCAAAGAACUAGUGGCGCUGGUUUCAAGAUUACAGGAAGAGAACCGAAGGUUACUGAAAGAGCAGAGCCCUAACCACACUUAUGUGCCGAUUGCUCCGACGACUGACAACGAUAUGCUGCAGAGACUUAAGGAUUCCGUGGAAAAGCAGAGGGACGAGAUUAGACUGAAGGAGAAACUUUUGCAGGAGAAAAAUUUAGACGUCGAUAAUUUGAGAUCUCAAGUGGAAAGGCUGACCAGUUCUAGCAGAGAGUUGCGACGGAAGCACAAAUCCAUGCAGGCACAAGUACGUACCUUGUGCGACGAAAGAGCGGAUUUCCUGGUGCAGCUUCAGGAUCAGCAGAGGGACAUAUCGGCUCUGAGGCAGAGGCUAGGGCUGGCACAGAAGGAAAACGAGGAUUUGGUCAAGUGUGACCUUCCGAUACCGAGCAACAAGGCCGUGUACGACUUGGACGACCCGAACAGGCCGCGUUUCACCACUCAGGAACUCAAAGAUAUCCUGCACGAACGCAAUGAGUUGAAAGCUAGAGUUAGCGAUUUGGAAGACGAAUUGGAAACUUACAGACCAAAGAAUAAGGCAGAAACAUUUAAGAAACUUUUUCCAUUAAUGGAUAAGAUAGAAAUUGCAUGCGACAAUCUAUUAAAUUCAAAUAAGCCCCCCACACCUCCACCUAUUGUGGAAUCACCACCUUCACCGCUGGACGAGGACGCCCCCGUACAAGGUCCGUUGCCCUACGAACCAGACGACGCUCCAUGGAAAAAGUCCGAAUCCGGAAUAAGAAAGUUUUUUCGGAAAAUAUUUUCCGAGAGCAGCGAUGGGAGCAGUUUUCCUAAGCGUAGUCUAUCCACACUCUCUAAGAUGGCUCUGUCGUCGACUUCCGAUCCAGUUCCCGUGUAAUUUGGACGUGACGCGCGCCAUCGACCUCAGUCUCGAGAUCGGCAUGAACGGUUACGUUCACCAUUCUGUGUGAUAGUUAGUACCCGUGUGGAACCGAUAAGAAGCGUAGCGUUUGUCGUUUAUUUCUAAGUUGUUCUAGGGUGUUCAAACAGUUCAAUUAAUGUGGCUUGUGCUGCACAUAACCUCAAAUUCCUCAGUUUAACCUUGAAUCGUUUCCCUGAUUUGCAUAUAACCUCAAUGUACUUUUACAUUUUUACACAGGUAACCUAAAAGUUAUAGUUGCUUCAAUUAAUUAACGGCUUUUUUCGGUUUUGUACAUCAGUUUUGCAUUUUUUAUUGGUGAUGCUUUAUCAAUAGCUUAUUUUUUUAAAUUAUAUACGAGUAUUUUGUGAAUCGUUCAUUCAAAAGACAAAUUUUUGAGGAGUUGGAGUGUCAUAAAUUUUUUACUAAUUUUAAGAGGUUUAAAAGUAGUUGAGAUGUUUAUAUUAUGCACGUUAUGUCAUAGAACGUAGAUAUUAAAAAAAUAUUGUUUAUAGAGCGAGAAGGCACAUAUAGAUUUUUCGAAUAUUCUAAAGGUAAAAUAUUGAGAGAAAAAAGGUGAGGUUUAUUUUAUGUUUUCCGUUAAAAGACUACAUUACUAAUUUAACAUUCCGGCAAACAUUAUUAUACAAAAAUUUUGCAUUUAUAAGUAUAUCAUAUUCAGUAAUAGCAAAAGUAUUUUACCGUUAAUAUAGAGGUAAGGCUUUUGCAACACAGCAUUUAUUACUUUUAAAUUUUGUGUCAUAUCUGCCCAAGAAAAUGUAUAUUAUUAAAUUAUGUUUUUUUCUGCACUGUACUGUGAUAUUUUUAUUUUUCUUGGGCAGGUACUUGUAACAUAACAUUUUUUAAAUUGUCUUGUAAAAUAUAUACUCAUUUCGUGUUUUGUUAAGUUUUUAGAAUUUAUUUCUUAUAGAACAAGGAAUCGAAAUUUUUUCAAAUCGAAAACUAAAAAAGACAUCUUCCGUAAUAUCAUGACAAUCUAGCAAUAGUAGAUUUUAUAUUGUGUUAUUUUACUUAUUUUGUGUUAGGGAAUUAAUAAAAUUCGGGAACAAUAAAAUGUAUUCAUGCACUAGUCUGUUUAAGAGUAAAGAUGUAGAGAAUGGUGCCAAAAUAAAGGUAGUUGAAUAUAA